AAGGCCAAUUUUGUCAACAAAUAUUAACUGUGGGUCAGCUGACCCCCUGAACAUCUCCCCCCUAGAUCCGCCCCUGUAUUCACGUGAAGCGGAGGAAAAACGGAUCGGAAAUGUCUGUCUUACAAAAAUUACAAAAACGGUUUUACAACGGUUUGGAUUGCGAACGUCACCAAGUACGGACCAUAUCGCGUGCGUCGUAACGAUAACGCGGUACGGUAGUAGUGCGCGCACUCGGCGGGCGGUGACGCGAUGAGAAAUAUGGAAAAAACCAAUAACACAACAGUCGUACGCGGCGGCAUUGAAUGUUUAUUCAUAUAUGGUCAAGACCGUGGACGCCCGGACACCGGACGACGACGGCGCGGGGAACCGGAUCAAGGAAGCGGUGGCGGCAGCAACGGCCUUACGCGGCGGCGGCGGAGUCGGUUUCAUCUCGCGCGCGCGACGGACCUCCGCGGCCGAGCGGUGAGCCGCAGUCGGUGUCGCCCGGGUUUAUGUUGUUGUGCACUCGUCGCUCCAGUUUUCGCGUGCGCGAUCAUUACGUGUUGCGCGUUCACGUCGCGUGACCGACGCUGCCGCCGUGUUAGUUCUGGCCAGCAUCGCUCUCGCCGUAAAACGCUACGGCCGCGGACACAAAUCGUCUCCCUCCCACCGCCCUUCUGCACUCCGUCCACCCCGUACGACGACCCGUCGGUCUCGGCGCGCGUAUCACGUGAGCCCGCCGGGUACCGCGUGUUCCGUACCGACUUCCCGUCGGUGCUGACGAUGGCCACGCUGCUGAAAAACGUCACCAACUGCAUAUGGCACGCGUUCGACUCACUGGACGCGGCCGGCACCGGUACCGUGGUCAAGUCCAAGCUCAAAGUUUUAACGGCAAAUAUUGGUAUUCUCCUUGACCUUUAUGGAGUGGAAAAGGGCCUUGAACACUAUAGAAGUACUACAGCAUUAAACUUUCAACAUUACAAAUAUUAUUUAUUAAGAGAAGUUUUUCUAUCAUUACCAAACGUUCUAUCAUUAUCAGUGCUUCAGGGAUUUGAAUCAAAUAUAGACGAGACUUGUUGGCUGAUUUGUAAAAAAAAAUAUAUUCCUAAAUGUCAAGUAUUACCAGAAGAUUGUAUGUAUAAAUUAUUCAGAGUAUUCUGUUUCUUGUCAGAACUCGUAGUAAAUACAGAAAGACCAAAUCAAUUUCAAGUUAUGAUGGAUACAUCAGAAGUAGGUUUAGUGGCUUCUCAGAUUGUUACUUCAUUAGGUGCUGAUUGGGAUCAAUCUGGUUUUGAAGACCUCAUCGGAAAUACCAUGGGAUUUCAGUUUGGUACGUUUUUAACUUUAUUGGAAAAACGAUACUUGACUGAUGUUGAUCGAGCUGGUUUAGUAGAAGCAUUAAAUGCAGUUACUAAUACAUUCAUUGAUGAUAUCAUAAAAAAAGGUGUAUUGUCGAAGCGUGGUUAUUUAUUACCAACACUUCGUGAAUACUGGUUUGUAUUAAAACCAUGCCAGCUUUUGUACUAUAAAAAUGAAGAAGAAAAAGAGCAAUGCGGGUCGAUUACUUUAGAUCCAAGAUGUUGGGUGGAUUCUAAUUUGCAACGUAUAAUGUUGCACACAACUGAAAGAACUUUUGAACUUGCUACUAAGGACCAUAGGAGUAGAUUACAAUGGUUAUCUGCUUUAAAAUUAGCCAUAGCUUAUUCAGCGGGAACAGAAGGAUAUCAACGUACAUUAUUACGCCGGAGGCAAAAACGAAGGAAAGCAGAACUUCAAGAAAAACAUCGAAAAAGUAGUAUAAUACAUGAUAUGGAUGUUCAAUUACAAGCUGAGAAACAAGCCAGGGCAGCAAUGGAAAUUCAAGCAAAAGAACUAAAAGUAGCUAGUGAAAAGCAUGUCGAAGAACUAGAAUGUUUGCUUGAGGAAGAAACGCAGGCUAAACGUGAUGAAGAAAUAGUUCGUAACUUACAAGCAAGAGUUUUAAGAGAAGAAUGGGAAAAAAGAGAAGAGCUUGAAAGAUUACAAGAGGAGCAAAGAUUAUUACUAGAACAAGAACGGGAAAAAAGGAAAGAAUUUGAGAUCAAACAACGAGAGAAAGAAAACCAGUUACUUGAAGCACAACAAAGAUUAAUUGAAUUAGAAGCUGAAAAACAACGACUUGAUGAUGAACUGACAAGAGCUCAAAAAAAAAUUAGUGUUUCUGAAAAAGCAGUUGCAUCACUUACCAUCGUAGACCCUGCAGAAACAUUGAACAUCAAACCACAAGUCAAAGUGAGAAGGACAAUGUCAUUCAUUCCAUCCACAAAGGAACGACCAAUUCAUUUUUAUAAGUGAAAAGACUAUUUUUUUAUUUAUACAUUUAAAUAAUUGUUUAAUUUAUAAAUUUCUUG